AUGGAGGCCGUCUUCAUUACCAUCCACGAUCUAUCCGAGGAUGCUCAGAUUCGAUACUGCUCUGACUCAAUUGAGGACAUCCUGGGCUACGUACCUUCUGAGGUCCUGGGGCGGUCAUGUUGGGACUAUUUCCAUCCGGAUGAGAUCCCAUUCGCUCGCAAGGUUCAUGGUCGCGGUGUCAGUCUUGACAAGGCCUCUGUCCUGAAUUACUGUCGAGUGAGACACAAAGAUGGCUCAUGGAUCGGUUGCGAAUGUGUCUUCACUGUCGUGUAUGAUGUUCUCGUUGCCAGUACCAGUAUUUACACCAUUGGCCCAAAAGCGAGAGAGCGCGAACUCGCCAGUGGAGCUAUUCGCCGUAUCUUCUCUUCCUCGCCUCGUGAUCCCAGGUAUCACAUGCUGUCGUAUCUGUCCAACAAGUUCUCCCAAGACCCCUACCAAGAUGCACACUUUCUGGAACCUCGCGCCGCGCUUUUCCUCAACCGCUUUACCCGUACUUCAACUGUCAUGUACGCAACAAAUGGAGUUGUCGAUAUUCUCGGCUUACAGCCAAAUCAGCUUGCCGGGAAAAGCUUCUAUUAUUGCAUUGAAGAGAAUUGCUUGCCAGAUGCUGUCAAAACCAUCGAAAGCGCCAAAGCUAACGACUCAAUCGCUUAUCUCAGAUUCUGGUUUCGAGAUCCCACUCAAGAUGCCAGUAGAGCUCAUUCCGAGGCUGUUUCUGUCCAUGAGAGUGACGAAGACGAAGAAGGAGGUGUUGCCUUGAGAGAUGGCGCACGAUCUGGUUCCAACGUUUCAAUGAAUGGAGAAUCAACACCUCGCACAAUUUCAGGACAGCCAACUAUUGCAGAUGGCCAACAAUCGUCGGAGGGGCUUUCAACAAGCGUUCCCCAAGCAGACGCGGCAAAUGUCACUGCUUCCAAUGCUCCUCCACCACUUGUUCCACAGACUUCAAAUGCCAGUUCUCUGCAGCCUCCAUCAGAUGUCAAUCACCGAGCAUCUUCUGGCAAUAGUACUGACAUGGAAGCAAAUGCGCCCGAAGCUAUCUUUGACCGUGUUGCUUCGCACAAUUCCUCCGUGAGCGAACCGCCUCCAGAAGAACGCAUAGAAAUUGAAGCCGUCGUCUCAUGUACUUCUGACGGGCUUGUAGUGAUCUUACGCCGUGCACAUUCAAUAACACCUCCCGCUCUUGGUGUCACAGAAGUAGCCCAAUAUCCCAACGGCCUGUUCGCUUCACCUUGGGCUCCAGAUCCAAUCUUGCCAGCCUCUAUCCGCCAGAACACUGCCACGCCUUUGUCCUCGAUCGGUUCGGGACCAGUUUCUGACGACACUGGACUCAUGGCUACUAUCAGAGAUGUGGCUGUCUUUGCCUGGGGUCUUACUGGCAUCAAUGGCUCUCUGCGAGAUUGUGGUGUUGGCAACCCUUCUGGCGAAGCUUUGCCGCCUGGUGGUUUACCAAUAUGGGAUCCGAACAGUAAUGCAGACCCAUAUAAUCUCUUCAACGGCUUUUCAGGCAGUCUGCACCGUCCCUUUAGGGGCAUGGGUGAACCAUAUCGCCCCCCUAAGAACGAUGGUGACCUGACUAGCAGCGAUGACGAAGUAGUCUUCAAACGAUCUCCGGUACAAUCAGCCUGGAGGCGACCCAAGAGAAGAGGCCAAGAUGCAUUUGGAGCAGAUGGCUCAGAAACAGGUGAUGGUGAGAACAAAGACGGAGGUCGAAAACGAGCCACAAGAUCCCAAAGUGGCUCUGGCGUGCACUCAGCCUCUGGAUCAGGAUGCGCCUCACAGUCUGGCGCUGGCUCUGGAUCAGCCUAG